AUGGAUUUAUUGCUAAUAUUUUAUGCAGCAGCAGCUGUUCUUUUCCUUCUUUUAACUCUUUUUGUGAUCACCUUGCUUACCCUCAGCUGUUUUCAUAUUCUCAGGAAGCAUAGACUUGUUUGGAAAAGCGCAGUCAGUUCAUCGAAUCUGGUAUCCAGAUCAUUGGAUAUGGCAUUUGAUGGCAUUAUCGAACAGAUUGAUGUAGAUAGGAUAAUAAGUCGUCGUCAAGAAAGGAUAGCGGAAUCUGUUGAAAAAACUAAUAAAAGUGAAGAUCGAACACAUGCAUUAGAACAUAUUGAUAAUGAUACAGCAACAGUACUUGCUGUAGAUCAGUUGUUAGACACUUCAUUUCUUAUAUCCGAUGAAGAACUUGCCUGCUAUGCUCCACCUGUUGAUAUGAAGAUUGUUGCUGCUCGUAGAGAUCAUGUUUGA